GGAAGAAGUGGUGUUCGCGUGUGCCUUCCAACCAGGAUAAACGGAGAGAGGAGUAGCAAAAGUGUGGUUCCCCGGUUUAUACAGUUUUCUUUCUCUCCACCUUUUCUCCGUCGUCCGCUUCGACUCGACGAGGAAGCGGAUUCGGAAAAUCGUGAAACGUGAAGAAGGAGAGAAAGAAUAGGAGGUUGAUCGAGAUUGUUGCGGGUGGGAAUAGUUGUUGAUAAACAAGCGAGUAGUGGAGAGAGUGUCGGUGGUUGAUUAACUGUCGGGUGCAACGACAGCGCCGAUCCGAAUUUUCCUUUUGCUCCUGAUGUCCUGAUAAUCGAUAAGCGUGUGGUAUAGGUGGUGUAGAGAGGACCGCCUAGGCCGGCAGCGAUCGGCCUUAUCGACGCCGAGAGAAUUUCGUCUUCGCCGAGGGACAUCCUCGAAUAAAUGUUGAGAAAAGCCAACGUGUUCCAUCCCUCGACGCGAGGUCAUCCGAGGCUCCCGAGUGUCCAAAGAGUCGUCGGGAUGCCGAUCUCCCUGAGAAAUCAUAGGAUCACGUAAAACCUGGACCCGGUAAUCGGUCUACCGAGAGAUCAUCCCCUCCUCGUCCCGCCCCCUCCCGCCCCGUUGCGGGGGAUCGACGUAAUCAGUCGCGUCAGCACAAUUUAGGAACGAAGGAACUCGUCGCACUUUCGUCGAUUCGCGGCUCGCGAACCGAUGCACCAAAAAGGCUGAAGGAUGGAGGCUAGCGAGUGGGAUCACGCGACCUUGAGAGAAGAGGAAUUCGAGCAGCAUGCGGUAUAUUUGGUACCGGAUGUGUCGGCAUCGCCUGGCGAUACCAAUCGUGCGGAGGCAUCCCUGCCAAGAAAUUUGGUCCUCAAACCUUCUCAGGCCCUCAACGAUGUACGUUCCUCCGCCAAAGAAUCCUUUCUCGAGACCUCCUCGGUUUUGGGUGUGUGGAGCACGAGUUACAUACCCAAGGGGACACGGUUCGGUCCCCUCGUGGGCCAUGUGUACACCAAGGACUCGGUGCCGGCCGAUGCGAACCGGAAGUACUUCUGGAGGGUGUACAAAAACAACGAGCUGUUCUACUACAUCGACGGUUAUGACGUCCAGAAAUCAAAUUGGAUGCGUUACGUAAACCCGGCUUAUUCGUCCGAAUCGCAGAACCUAAUAGCAUGCCAGUAUAAGAUGAACAUUUAUUUUUACACGAUCAAGCCGAUACUACCGAAUCAAGAGCUUCUGGUGUGGUAUUGCAGGGAGUUCGCGGAAAGGCUCAAUUACCCGUUGACGGGUGAACUAAUGCUUCAAAGAAUACGACAACAAGUACAACAAUCCGCGUUGCCGACGGAAAUCCCAGCGACCGUCGAUGUGGUGUCACCCCUGAAGGACUCGUCGAUUUACGAGAGACGGUCGCAAAUGACCCCGACGGACGGUUCGGUGAGAUCGGACGAGGGCUACCAUUCGAACGGUUAUCACGACGAGAUCCUCACCCCGCCGGAAGAGAGCAGCGAGUCGGACUCGGAGAACAAUUACGUGCUGGAUUUCAGCAAGAACGCGAAAACGUCGGUGUGCAGCAACGAGGUGGUGAAGCAGGACAAUGCGGCCGCGAAGAACGAGUACAGGAAGGUUAAGAUCAAGAUCACGAAGACGUACGGCAACUUUCAAACGUCGAAGAGUCUGGAUGGAAACGGGAAGGACAAGGAUCAGGAGUUGGCGAGCAGGGCGGUGACCCCGGAACUGCAGAAACCCGUGUCUCCCAUAAUUCUUCAGAAGAGCGUCGUCCUGGCCGCGGCCACCGAGGACGAGAUCCCCGAGAAAAACCCGAAACCCUUCUACGAGUCCGAGGUGAAGGGUGGCGCGUUGCCGGUGGCCGGUGCAAGGCCGGCGUACCUCGCGAGCCCGAGCAGCUCCAUCCUCGAGAACAUCCUUCUUCGGACCGCCACCGACAACAACAACAACAACAACAGUACCAUCAACAGCACCGGUCACGGCCAUCACCACAACGGCAACAGCCAACAGCACCACCAACAGCACCAACACCAGACCAUUCACCAUCAAACGCACGUGGACUCGGUCACGCCGCCCCCGUCCAGCCCCACGGAAAUGGCGUACUCCUACAAAAAGUCCCAUCGCUACGGAAACAUUUUACCUUGCAGCCCCGACUCGAGCUCCAAUCUUCCUAUGCAACCGGACACGUGCGUCAACUCGACGAGCGGGAGUAACGGCGCCAGCCUUCCCAUGCAAAGCCCGCCCGGUAAUUUGCACUCGAGCACGGGCAACCUCCACUCGAGCGCGACCGGGCCCAGCAACAAUCUUCUGCAAUCCCACCCGGGUAAUAUCCAUUCGACCGGGAACGGUUCGACGAGCAACAACAAUCAUCACUCGGGGGGCGUGCUAUCCUCCACCACGAUACUCACGUCCACCACGAGCAACCUUCACCCCUCGACGACGUCGAGCCAGGGUUGCCCGUCCAAGAGGAAGACCAAGAGCCCGUCGCCGAAUCCCGCUGGGGCCGCGUCCACAACCCCGGCCACCAUCCUCUACUCGAGCUCCGGAGGAUGCCAAAUAGACUCGAGCCCCGUCUACCCCAACUCGUCGUCUAUCGCCAACAGCAAUCAGAGCGUGUCCCCCAUCUCGCCCAUCCAAUCGCCCUCCUCCUACCCCUACGGUAUUUACCAUCAGAACGGCUCGUUGCACCACAACGUUGCCCCGUUGUCCAUCAACUGCACCGCGUACUCGCCGACCCCGAGCGGGAACGUGGUUUACGAGACGAGAACGGACGGGAGGAGGCUGGAGGCAGCGACGAGCAGUCAUCAAUUGCCGACCUCGUCCACGAUGCAGAUCGACGGCAAUCAGACGUUGAUAGCUGGCACGCACAAUCUUCACCUGGGCCAUCACCCGGGCCUCACCAUCCACGCCAACUCCUCGUCCUCCCUCAACCGUUACUCGCCCGCCAGCUCCUUGUCCCCGGACGAUCACGGCUGCUCGCAGAGCGGCUCGCUGAGCCCGAACUCGCAAGGGUCGAGGGGUUACAGGUCGUUGCCGUACCCGUUGAAGAAGAAGGACGGCAAGAUGCAUUACGAGUGCAACGUGUGUUGCAAGACGUUCGGCCAACUGUCGAAUCUCAAGGUACAUCUGAGGACCCAUUCCGGCGAGAGGCCGUUCAAGUGUAACGUUUGCACCAAGAGUUUCACGCAGUUGGCCCAUCUGCAGAAGCAUCAUCUCGUCCACACCGGUGAAAAGCCGCACCAAUGCGAGAUCUGCAAGAAGAGGUUCAGCUCGACCUCGAACCUCAAGACCCAUCUGAGACUGCAUUCCGGCCAAAAGCCCUACGCCUGUGACCUGUGCCCCGCAAAAUUCACCCAGUUCGUUCACUUGAAGUUGCACAAGAGGUUACACACGAACGAAAGGCCUUACACCUGCCAAGGUUGCGACAAGAAGUACAUCAGCGCGAGCGGACUUAGGACGCAUUGGAAGACGACCAGUUGCAGGCCGAACAAUAUCGAGGAUGAGCUCGCCCUUGCCGCGGCCGUUGGCUCGCCGACGUAUUACGAGUACGGCCCGGAUAUGAACGUCGGAAAUAUGCCGAAGGAAUGCGAAUUGGAGCACAUCGAUAAUUACGAGAGGCACGGAUCCACUCACGGCCCACACUCCACGUCUCUCCACAACUUGGAGAAUUCCGUGGGGCGGCCAAGCGUCAUAGAGACCUCCCAGCCUCAUAUAAUCGAGUGCACCUAAAAAUGGGGGUAUGAGCCCUUUCGCUCAAACGCAAAAUCCAGCCGUGGAAUAGUAAACGAGUUGCUCACGACAAACGAAAACGAUGUUACCCUCGUGAGAUGGCAGUGAGAGCCAUACUCACGAUUCCACGAUUCCCUUCGAAAUGGGAAAAUCGGAGGAAAAUGUUUUUCGAAAAUGUGCUUUUCCUUCGUUUCACUCGUCGCGUGAGAAAAGCAGCGUGUAAGAGAAGAAACGUGUGCACAGAGAUGAUCGUCGUGACGCGAUCGAAAAUGUGAGUGAGAUUACGUGCAACAAAUGAUUCGAAAUUGUUGAAGGGAAAAAGAAGAGAAAAAAAAAAAAAAAAAAAAAAAGAAAGAAACUGUUGUUGCUUGGUUAUUGUUAACGCGAAGGAAUUCAAAGCUUUUAGUAGAUAACACUUCUUGAAAGCUGGUUAUACUUUUUACGUACGUCAAACGUAACGCGAAACGUAGUUCGAUUUCUCUGACGAGGGUGGAAGAAUCGACGAGAUUCCAGCUACGAGCAUACAAAAGUUCCUUCCUUGUAAAUACUCGUUUCUAUAUUUUUUCUAUGGUAGCGCCACCAACGAAAACGCGAAUCAAGAGAGAAAGAAAGAAAGAAAGAAAGAAAGAAAGAAAGAAAGAAAAAAGGAGAGAGAAAGAAGAAACAAACGUGAAACAAACGUGAAACAAACGUGAAACAAAAGUGGGACGAAAUGAACGAUAAUAGGAUUAAUUAUGUCUCGAGUCGUCACACGCUGCCAUUUCCGGAUAGAAUCGAGAGAAAGCGAGUACCAAAGUCGUUCGAGCUUCUCGAUUAUCCUUCCACGGUCUAUCCUAAAUACGAUGCUUAGAAAAGGUACCGUAUU